AUGAUCAGCCUUAUCGGCAUGUGCCAGCCUAAAGACGAAGCGGUGGAAAGCUACACGCGGGAAGUGAACAAAACGCCAUUUCCGCUCUUGUGUGCAAACGAAGCAGUCACGUCUGAAUUCAAAGCACCAUGCCGGACCAGCAGCGAAGUGCACCGUUUUCGCGACCACGCCGUCGCAGGCGUCAACUGGCGACAGACUCGGUUUGUCGACGAAGUGCCAAGUUCACGCGUGUGCGCUCUGUGCCGCAUGAUUCCGACGCGGACUGUGCUUUUGCCAUGCUCCCACGUUCUAUGCCAAUCGUGCCACGCAGCCAGUUCUGAAGCAUGUGGUGGGCGGUGUCCGAUGGAUCAAGAACAGUUCGAGGAAGAUGAAUGCGUCAGCUAUGACUUGCCGACCAGAAAGGCGAUCGCAUUUAAGGUUCAUUGCUGGAACGAAGCCUAUGGAUGCGAGUUCGAGGAAUCCUUGGAGUUAAUGCUGCGACACUACGAGAACGAAUGCACAUUCCACACCGUGGAGUGCUUGCGGUGCGGGGAGGAUGUCUUGCACAGAGAACUGCAAACGCACUACGUAUCCGGAUGCAGGGCCGCCGUUUCAGCAACAGUCACAGAGAACACGUCGCCAGAAUGUAGAACAUUGACACUCCGAGACGUGACGGCGGCGCUUGAAGAACUCAAGAGCAUGUUGAGGGAUGCCAACUGCGAGCAGCUCCUGCUUAGCCUUCAGAGUCAAAUGAAUGAGCUCGUUGAACAGAUCAGGAACCAGGCUUUCAAGACGGCCGUGAUCCCUCAGGAUGUCGCGGCACCUGCAACGUCAGCAAUGGCUCAAAUCGGAGAAAUGAGUACUUCGACCUCAUCGCAAGAGGGAAAUUCUCGGCAGGAUCCAAAUGAGGAAGCAAAUACACCGUCUACGUCCUGUUCACGUUCGAAGGAAAGGUCAAAGCAUCCUAAGGCGAAAGCACUUGUGGACCUGCCGCAGGAUGUUCUGAGAGCCCUGCAGAAAACAUCUUCGCAAGAUUAUCCUCAGCAUGCCGUUACUCAUAUAUAUCCGGGUGUUGAAUGUAGCUUAGAGUUAACAGGAUCAUUGUCAACGACAGCUACGUGGAGGAAAGUGAUCGGUACCGUGGAUUAUUUUCUGACGCUCACAAAUUUUCGCAUUGACGAGAAACUGAACGCGUACUGUUUCGCGGAUAUCACAGUGUUGCACACAAGGGACGCGUACUUCACAGUAUGGGUCUAUUCUCGUUUCGCUUGGCGCCAAAUUUUGUGUGAUAGUUACGUUUCAUGGGACGAUAGGAGACUCCGCGUGUCUACCGCCCAUUUUCGAAGUCCAGCCAUACGAUCUGAGAACAGGACAAGUCGUUGCAAUGUCUCGGUAUGAAGCGGAAUGCGAUUGUGAGCAUGAUACACGUUUAUGGACACAUCGACACCAA